AUGGUUGUUCCACUUAUCUGUGAGCCUUUGGUUGGUUUGUCACUGACAGACUGCAUCAGAGGCUAUGAUCACUUGAAGGAUUUAGACCUUGAAGAUCCAGGCACUAAUGGAGAUGUCAUUGAGCUGGAUAUUCUCAUAGGACUGGACUAUUAUUGGGACAUUGUAUCUGGGGAGGUACUGCGAGGAGAUAGCGGGCCUACAGCUUUAUACUCGAGUCUGGGAUGGCUCUUGUCAGGUCCUGUUGCUUCAGCUUCUACAACUCUUGUGACUCAUGUAUUGACUUGUGGUGUUAGAGCUGGUCAGGAGAAGUUGGAACUUACAGAGCAGUUAAAGAAGUUUUGGGAGAUUGAGUCACUUGGAAUUUGUGAAAAGGAGAGCACCCUAUAUGAGCAGUUGAAGAAGAAUGUUACUUUCAAUGGAACACGAUAUGAAGUUACUCUACCUUGGAGAGAUGUUUUAUCCAUUCUUGAUAACUAUCAACUGUCUUUAAUACGGUUGAAUGGAUUGCUUCGCAGAUUGAGACAGAACCCUACACUACUUGAGGAAUACAAUAAGGCCAUUGUCACUCAAUUGGAUAGUGGUAUAGUUAAGGUAGUGGAAGAUCCUACAAGGACUGAUGGAGAGAGGGUUCACUAUUUGCCACAUCUCUGUGUAGUUAGACAGGAUAAGGAAACAACCAAGUUACACGUUGUUUAUGAUGCCUCAGCAAGAAGCACUGGUCUUUCUCUGAAUGAAUGUCUUUAUGUUGGGCAAAAGUUCAAUCAGAUAAUAAUGGAGUUACUAGUUAGAUUUAGGGUACACAAGAGUGCUUUCAUUGCCGAUAUACAGAAGGCAUUCCUAAUGAUUUCUGUUCGGAAGCAGGACAGAGAUGUACUAAGAUUUUAUUGGGUGACAGAUAUUUACCAGAACCCACCGGAGAUACAAGUAUUGAGAUUGCUUGUAUAA